UUGACACAUGCACCAGCGCAUUUAUUUUGGAUUUGGUCAAUAUUGUAAACACGUGAGGCGUGAAUAUUUAAUGUUUUAAUUGUAAAGAUUUGUAAGUUAAUUACACAUUCUUGUUUGUUAAAAACCGAUUUUUUUUAAUCUAAUAUUGAUAAUUAAAUAUUAAAAAUGCCUAAAUCAAAACGAGACAAGAAAGUAUCAUUAACCAAAACCAACAAAAAAGGACUUCUUCUCAAACAGAAAACUAUUGAAGAAAUAAGAAAUACACUUUCCAAAUAUGAACACAUAUUUCUCUUUACUGUCGACAAUAUGCGUAAUACAACAUUGAAAGACUUGCGUAAUGAUUGGAAAGAUUCUAGAUUUUUCUUUGGCAAAAACAAAGUCAUGGCCGUAGCUCUUGGAAGAACAAAAAGCGAUGAAGUGGAAGAUCAGCUCAAUUUGCUCUCAAAAAAGUUAAAAGGUCAAUGUGGUUUAUUAAUGACAAAUAGAGAUGUUAGUGAGGUGUUGGAAUGGUUUAAAACAUUUCGUGAAACAGAAUAUGCAAGGGCUGGAUUUAUUGCAAAUCGUGAUGUAAUCUUACCACAAGGGCCACUAGAAGAUUUUUCACAUACUAUAGAACCUCAUCUGAGAAGACUUGGACUACCCACAACUCUAGAAAGGGGUGUUAUUAAUUUAAUUAAAGAAUAUCAGGUUUGUAAAAAAGAUGCACCAUUAACACCAGAACAAGCAAGUAUACUGAAACUCCUUGGUAUUCAGAUGGCUAAAUUUAAAGUGGUUAUUAAAUGUCAUUGGACUAAAGGGAAAGGAUUUCACAAAGACCUUGAUAUGCCUAGUGAUGAUGAAGCCAGUGAUGACGAAAAAGUUGUUGAAGAUGAAAAAAUGGAAGAUGAUGAAACAUAGUUUUUAAUACUUGAAUUAUACUGUUCAAUUACCAUAUUAUAUAAUAAUAUAAAAAUA